GUUCAUUUCCCACAAUGCCUAAGGAGGUCCAGCACCAAGAUGGCUGACCCUAAUAUGGAGGAGUACGAGAAAGACGCAGGCUGCGUGCCCGUCCUCCACCCGGAGGAGAUCAAACCCCAGGGUCACUACAACCAUGGUUACAGCGAGAGUGCUGGGCGCAAGGGCCACGCCGACGACUACAGCACCUGGGACAUUGUCAAGGCUACACAGUACGGGAUCUUCGAACGCUGCAGAGAGCUGGUGGAGGCAGGCUAUGACGUGCGACAGCCAGACAAGGAGAAUGUCACCCUGCUACACUGGGCAGCCAUCAACAACAGGAUUGACCUGGUCAAGUAUUACAUAUCCAAGGGCGCCAUCGUAGACCAGCUCGGAGGAGACCUGAAUUCGACACCACUGCACUGGGCCACAAGGCAAGGUCACCUCUCCAUGGUGGUUCAGCUGCUGAAGUAUGGGGCCGACCCGGCGCUCAUCGACGGCGAGGGCUGCAGCUGCAUCCACCUGGCGGCACAGUUUGGCCACACCUCCAUCGUGGCCUAUUUGAUUGCCAAGGGACAGGAUGUGGACAUGAUGGACCAGAAUGGCAUGACUCCUCUGAUGUGGGCAGCCUACAGGACGCACAGCGUGGAUCCCACCCGCCUCCUCCUGACGUUCAACGUGUCCGUCAACCUAGGGGACAAGUACCACAAGAACACAGCGCUGCACUGGGCCGUGCUGGCCGGGAACACCACGGUCAUAAGCUUGCUGUUGGACACAGGUGCCAACGUGGACGCGCAAAACAUCAAGGGUGAGACGGCGCUGGACCUGGCUAAGCAGAGGAAGAACGCCUGGAUGAUCAACCAUCUGCAGGAGGCACGACAGGCCAAGGGCUACGACAGCCCCUCCUACCUGAAGAGGCUCAAGGCCGACAAGGACUUUCGGCAGAAGGUGAUGCUGGGGACACCCUUCCUGGUUAUCUGGCUGGUGGGCUUCAUCGCCGACCUGGACAUCGACUCCUGGCUCAUCAAAGGCCUCAUGUAUGGAGCUGUGUGGAUCGCAGUACAGUUCCUCUCAAAGUCCUUCUUUGACCAUUCCAUGCACAGCGCCCUCCCCCUGGGCAUUUACCUGGCCACCAAGUUCUGGAUGUACAUCACCUGGUUCUUCUGGUUCUGGAAUGAUCUCCCGCUGGUCACCAUCCAUAUCCCCUUCCUGCUUAACAGCGUAGCCCUGUUUUACAACUUUGGCAAGUCCUGGAAAUCGGACCCUGGGAUCAUCAAAGCUUCUGAGGAACAGAAGAAAAAGACAAUAGUUGAACUGGCAGAAACAGGAAAUCUUGACCUCAGCAUCUUCUGCAGCACAUGUUUGAUACGGAAGCCUGUGAGGUCCAAACACUGCGCCGUAUGCAACCGCUGCAUUGCCAAGUUUGACCACCACUGUCCAUGGGUGGGCAACUGCGUGGGAAGUGGGAAUCAUCGCUACUUCAUAGGAUAUUUGUUCUUCCUGCUCUGCAUGAUAUGCUGGAUGAUCUAUGGCUGCAUCUGCUACUGGAGGAUCCAUUGUGCCACAACUUACACCAAGGAUGGACUCUGGACGUACAUCACGCAGAUAGCCACGUGUUCGCCCUGGAUGUUCUGGAUGUUCCUCAACAGCAUCUUCCACUUCACGUGGGUCGCCGUGCUCAUCAUGUGCCAGAUGUACCAGAUCGCUUGCCUUGGCGUGACCACGAACGAGAGGAUGAAUGCCAGGAGAUACAAGCACUUUAAAGUUACAACAACAUCCAUCGAGAGCCCAUUCAACCACGGGUGUGUCCGAAAUCUCAUUGACUUCUUCGAGUACCGCUGCUGCGGCCUGAUGCGGCCGGUGGUAGUGGACUGGACAACGCAGUACACAAUCGAGUAUGACCAGACAUCCGGCUCGGGCUACCAGCUGGUGUAAGCGGUUCGUGGCAGCCCCCCUGUCCGCCCCGUCCCCUGGGCGCUCUCGGGGGCACCUGCCUGGAUCAUCUCCCUUUGCUGAGACUGAAAUCCGCCAGGACUAGCAUACGGUUACAGGUCGCCAUGACGCAGCCACCCCCAGACCUGGUGUGAGAAGAACCAUCCCCUAGUGAGCCCCCCCAGCACCUAUUCUCCCUGACGUGGACAGUGUCUAACUGCCGGGUAUGUCAGGGGAGUGGACAGAUGAGGAGGAAGAGGAAGAGAAAAACGAUUUGUCCUCCAUAUAGGAGUCAUACAUUGCAAGACAUGCAAUAUGUUUCAAUGCGGUUUUUGUUCCCUUUAUGUUUUUUCUUUCAUCCUCAGUGUCACUUUAUUUCUGAUUUAGUUGUUUACAUUACUUCCUCUUUUUUAUGAGUAUUCAAACUUGGUUUACACUUGAAACUUGUUCCGUUUGCUGUUCCUGCUGAUUCAUAAAACCCCCAAAGUCCCGCUGACCCUGAGGCAUUGGAAUUUGAGAAAAUGUGACAUCAAACCUACAGAGACAUAUGUAGAGUGUUAGGAAUCAAGGCAAUUGUGAUUAGAGUUUAUUGUGACAUAAUGAUGAGGGGAGUGGGAGUUACAUCUCACAUUCAUAUAAUUAGACAAGUAUUUAUUUUUGAAGACUAUACAAGUGAAAUGACAGUAUGAUUAAUAAUGAAAUAAUUAAUGAAAAGUUCAGUUGUAGCAGCUGUAGAAUAUAUCCUUCCUAAAUAUGUGUGACCUGGUCUGUGUAAAAAUAUUGUAUAAACUAAGGUUUAUGUACAGGCAGAUUAUUAUUAUUAUUAUUAAAGGGUGUGAUCACUGUAAGGGCUGGGUCCUCCAGAAUAUAUAUAAAGCAGUUAAAAAAUACAUGAAACAGGCUGUACUGCAAAGAAAAGUUUGUAUUUGUGGCAUUUUAAUAAAGUAACAAAUCGGUGUUUAGGAAGAAUGUAAAGAUUUAAGAACUGUGACAGGAGGUUACUUUGAGUGCAGUGGAAACUAUAUCCCACACUGGCAUAAUAACUCAUAUUUAUUUUAUAUUUAAGAAUUAUUUCGAUACAUUUUAAAUCAUGGUAUCUUUAGUAACUGAAAAGUUCUAUUAUUAAAAGUCGUUGAAUACAUAUUUAUGAAAUAUGUGACCAGGUCCAUAGAAAAAUAUAGCUAAAACUAAACACAAAUCACUGUUGACCAAUGAUACAUGUUUGUCGAUGUUAGUUCAUUUCAUUUUGAAAUACAUGAUCACUUCUUGGUUGUGUAAGGACUCGGAAAUGAAUUUGAAAGAGGAUGCUAAAGUGGGGGAUUUUAUGGAACGGUUAAAGGCAGUGAAGUAUUGUUAAUUCCGUUUGUUGUGUUUAGACAGUUGUCAUUUUCAAGUUGUUUACUUUCUUAACAUAUUGCACUGAUUAGAUUUUCGUCGCAAAAGAAGUCUGCUGAUUUCCCGGCUUCCGAGGAACACUUUCAUGUUUACAGGAGAGGGCCACAGCCCCACACUAAUUCAAAGGGUGGUGACCACAAAUGUUUGUCUCUUUUUUCCAUACAGGAAGACUAAGCAGUAGCAACAGAUUCAAACACAUGUAAAGACUGUCUUUCUGUAUAUAAAUGAUCUAGUUUGUUCUUUUUACGUGUGAAUUUUGUCAGCAUUCAGUUAUAAGCUGCUUGUUUCAUUUCCAUCAGAUUGCUCCCCCACAGACAAAUAAUAAUAAUAAUAAUAAUACAGUUGUAAACACUAGCUUUUAGUGAUGUCCCACACAGCUGUUUAUAGGCAUUUUAAUGUGCAUGUGUGAUGCUUUAAAACCGGGCUGUUCCCUUACUGUUGCUCAUACUGACUUAGCUGGCCAUACACUCAUCGUCUCUAUCAUAGCCAAAGGGAGCCAUGUGUGUGUAAAUAGUCAAUGUUGAGUAUUUGCGAUACCUUAACCAUUUUUUUUUUUUUUUUUAAAAAAAAAAAACCCCAGUGUGUGUGUCAUCGGAGGCACAGCUGGCCUCUCUCAGUGCCGGUAACCACCUUUCCAGGUAUAUUGUAUGAAAAGUUCCAUAUCAGGGGUCAAAUGCUACCUUUUUAAAUUUAUGCGUAUGGCAUAAUUAUUACUCCAGGGUGUGCUUUACAGCUCUGAACGUGAUAUAUAGUAAGAUAUGUGAAAUUAGGAGAGCGGGCUUUUUAUAGUUUUCUUUUUGUGUGCGUGCGUGCGUGCGCGUGCACCUUCCCCGUGUCUGGCUUGCCUCUGUUGUUCCGAAUGGUACGGCAUCACUGGGCACCAACAACACGACCAGGUCCUGUCGCCAGCCCUUGACACGGCCCCCUCAGCGCUGUGCUUGCUGGUACUUGUUUUGUUGAGGGCGAAAGUCGGUUCUAAUUCAAUGUUCUUUUUAAAAAAGGCAUGUGACCGUCAGUAACGACGCAAAAGCAUGCCAGCCCAUGUGGAAAAGCACAUGAAAAUACUGCAGAUCUCAUCUUUUACAGUGCCUCUUCACCCACUUAUUGGUCAUUACCUUAACUUCAUAU